CCCAGCCUAAAACCCAGCUCCCUUCUUCCAGCCUGCACCUCUGCGAAGCUGCCGGUGAGUCUGCUCCCAGCUGGCACCAUGAACGUCUUCGAGCGCAACAUCAAUCUUGACGCCCUCUUCAAGUUCUCCCACAUCUCGGCCUCCACCCAGGAGCACCUGAAGAGGGUCUACGCCAGCUUCGCCCUCUGCAUGCUGGUGGCCGCCGUGGGGGCCUACAUCAACGUGGUGACCCACCUCUUCCAGUUCAGCCUGCUGACCGGCCUGGGCUCCCUGGGGCUGAUGAUGUGGCUGACGGCCACCCCCCACAGCAGGGAGACGGAGCAGAAGCGCCUGGGGAUGCUGGCCGGCUUCGCCUUCCUGACGGGCAUCAACCUGGGGCCCCUCCUGCAAAUGUGCAUCGCCAUCAACCCCGGCAUCAUCCCCACCGCCUUCCUGGGCACCGCCACCGUCUUCGCCUGCUUCUCGCUCAGCGCCCUCUACGCCCGGCGCCGCAGCUUCCUCUACCUGGGAGGUUUCCUGCUCUCCGGCCUCACCCUCAUGCUCCUCUCCUCCGUGGUGAACGCGUUCGUGGGCUCCACCUGGCUCUUCACGGCCAACCUCUACCUGGGGCUGAUGCUGAUGUGUGGCUUCGUGCUCUUCGACACGCAGCUCAUCAUCGAGAAGGCGGAGAGCGGCGACAAGGAUUACAUCUGGCACUGCGUGGAUCUCUUCCUCGACUUCGUCAACAUCUUCCGCGAGCUCCUGAUGAUCCUGGGCAUGACCGAGAACAAGAAGAAGGAGAAGAAGUGAAGCCGCUCCACGUGGAGGUGGAGCCGUCCCCGCCCCGCUCCCCCUUCCCGUCCCCGUCCCCGUCCCUCCUCCGAUUCAUUAAAGGGGUUUGUGCUUGCUGCCGAUGAAAAGCAGCCCAGAA